AGGAGCUGUCAGUAGGCAGUAGCUCUCGAUGCUGCCUACCCUUAUAAGAUGUCUAUGGCAACAUCGAGCAGGCAAACACAGAAUAUUUCUGCAUUUAACCACACUUACCCUUUUAUUAUUCUUUACGAAAAAAUGAUAUGCUGACAUCCAAAGAAGUAAAACAUAACAAUGUACUCUCAGUGCGCUUUCAAGCUUCUUUCCUCGCUAGCUUAGCUUGUUAGCUGCUAACAAAGAGAAGCGGAAGUUAGCAUCACAUGCUAAGUGUUGUUAUUGUUUGUGGACGGUAUCGAACGAUCGACUGGCUUCUGGUAUUGAAUUAAUAUUUAUAGUGUUAGAAAGAACGAUGUCGGAGUACGAGGAGGAACUUUCUCGAACAAAAGAGGAGAAAAAGCGUCAACAAAUGGACGCCGUUUUCAAGCCUCAAAUUGAGUCACGCAGACCAGCCCCGAAGGUCCAUUUCAUUCAUGAGGAUGCUUUGAAUAAUCAAGGGAAGGCAGUGGAGACUUCAGUGAGGAAGAUCUUCCCCCCGAGCAGCACGAGUGGAGCUCUUGGGUGGAGCAGGAGGAGCCCCGCAUUAAAGAGGAGAACGACGAGGAGGAGGAGGAGCUUGUGCCAGCCCACAUUAAAGAGGAAGAGGAGGAACACAGCAUCAGUCAGGAAGAAAUGGAGGAGACCGACGUAUUCAAGCUUCCAGUGAUUUGUGUGAUUGUGAAGAGUGAAGACGAUGAAGGUCAGGGGUCACAGCUUGAGUCUAGUCAAAGCGAGGAGAGGAUGGAGGCGGAGCUUCCAUGCAGCAGCUCAAGAUGCAUGACAGGAGAAGUUGACUAUGAAGGAUCAGAAGCAGACAGCACCGUAGCUCCGCUAUCCAAAGGGGAUGACACGACGUCGCCCACUCGUGACACUGAUGAUGAAGACUCUAAAGCGGACAUGACAGGCCACACGUUCAGCUGUUCAUUUUGUGGCAAAGGCUUCUCUCAAAAGGGCAAUUUGAUAACACACACAAGAACACACACCGGAGACAAACCUUUCAGCUGCUCCGUUUGUGGCGAACAUUUCACUCAAAAGGGCAAUUUAAUGAGACACAGAAGAAAGCACAUCGACGAGAAACCGUUUGCCUGCUCAGUUUGCGGCAAAAGAUUCACCCAGAAAAGCAAUUUGAUCACGCACGAAAGAAAGCACAACGGCGAGAAACCGUUUUCCUGCUCGGUUUGUGGCAAAAAGUUUUCCGUGAAGGGAAAUUUGAACGCACACGCAAGAACGCACACUGGUGAGAAACCGUUCAUCUGCUCAGUUUGCGGGGAAAGGUUCUCUCAAAAAGGCAAUUUGAUGGCACACCAGAGGAAACACAACGGGGAAAAACCCUUCGCCUGCUCCUUUUGCAGUAAAAUGUUUCCCGUAAAAGGGAAUUUGUUAACACACAUAAGAACGCACACCGGAGAUAAACCGUUCUCUUGCUCAUUCUGCGACAAAAGGUUCUCGUCAAAGGACAGUUUAAAAGCACACAUAACGAUACACACGGGAGAGAAACCGUUCACUUGCUUAGUUUGUGGCAAAACCUUCCCUCUGAGGGGGAAGUUGAUGAAGCACGCGCGAACACACACCGGAGAGCAACCGUUUUCCUGCUCCUUUUGUGGUAAAAGAUUCUCUGUGAAGCGAAGUUUGGAAGCGCACGUGACAACUCACACCGGUGAGAAACCGUUCAGCUGCAAUGUGUGCGAUAAAAGGUUCUCUUACAAGUACGACAUCACCAGACACAAGUGCGCCGGCGAGAAGAGCAGCGCUACAUGACGAGAUACGACAAUUCCCCGGGAAAUUGUGCGUGAAUGCAGUCGACGCUGACGCCGAACUACAAUGCUGUCAAACGACGAAAAAACCCGGAAUGCAGAUGAAAUUGUUUACGCCAGCAAGCGUCAAGUACCAAGUUAUAGGACUCUGAGGUGUACACCUGCUGAAGAGGCGAUGUAAUGCUAAUGUUAUCAUGCUAACAGUCGGCAUAUGUCAAGUGCUAAUAUGACUCUGAGGUAAACCGUUACAAAAAAUGCCCAAACAGUUAGCAUGCUAACUUUAAAAUGCUAACAUUUAGUUAUUUGACAGAGGUGUAUGGAGAAAAAAAUGGCUAAUAUUAACAUUCUGACAAUUGGAGUUAAAUGGUUCUGAGAUGUACAGCGGAGAAAUUGGCUGAAGAAAGUUAGCAUGCUCAUUUUAG